AUGGCGAUCUGUACUUAUAACGCACGUACGCUUGCAUCGGAAGCGGCCAUCGAAGAUCUGAUGAUGCAAGCCAAGAAGAUCAAGUACGACGUCAUCGGACUGACCGAGACGAGACGACAUCACCCUCUCAACGCCGUAUAUGAAACUGGAGAAGAACUGUUACUGGGAACAUGCGACAGCAGAGGUGUUGGUGGAGUUGGCGUCCUCGUCAACACGAGUAUGGCAAAGAACAUCGACUCUUUUGAACAACUUACGACCCGAAUCGGACGUCUGCGGAUGAGAAGAUGUGGCCCAAUACCAGCUUUGAAUAUCUUCGUCGUUUACGCUCCAACAUCAAGCUACAAAGAAGAAGAAGUCGAAGCUUUCUAUAUGGACCUGGAGAAGUUCUACCAAGAAGAUCAUGCCUUCUGCAAGGUCAUAGUUGGCGAUUUCAACGCUAAGGUCGGCCCAAGAAGAACGCCGGAGGAACUUCACAUCGGGACCCACGGCCUACAAUGGAAUGACCAGGGAGAGAGGCUCGCCGAGUUCAUCAUGACGACUAAGACCAUCCAUGGGAACUCGCAAUUUCAGAAGCCCUCUUCUUCACGCUGGACGUGGGAGUCACCCGGUGGAGGGUAA